AAGGAGAGGACACUUUCGCGCCACAUGGUGAUCUGCACGAGAAAAUCAUUCGAACAAGAAGCAGUUCUGUCGCAUUAGGCCACAGUACACGGAAAGGGGAAGGCGUGCAAUAGAACGAAAAAAAUGGCAGACCAAGCAAAGGAGUAUGUGUGGGCAUGCGAACUAAGCAAGGAAAAGCCUACUUUUGUUUUCUCAUUCAAAGAAGAGGAUGAAGAUGAAGACUAUCUCAUUCACACGUUAUUUCUUAAAACUGCAGUGCUAGGGAUUUCAGCAGUAGAAAAUGAAAGAAACCUCAUACAAAUGGAAACAAAAGACUCUUACAGAAAAGAUCUCAAGGCCCCCAUAGCAUCAUUAACCCGAGGAAAAUCAGACAUGUGUGCCCUAGAUUUAAGUUUUGGUGAGGAGGUGACAUUUCGACUAGUGGAGGGAACAGGUCCUGUUUUUCUCUCAGCUCAGGAAAUUGUGGAAUACCCAGAAGAUGCAAAUAUGAGUCAAGAUGAAGACACAGAAGAUUACACAGAGACAGAGGAAGAAGACCUGAAAGAAACAGAAGAGGAGGAAUCACCAAAGAAAGGGGCAAAGAGCAAGAAGAGGAAGGCAUCCACAGGGAAAGCAAAGGGUAAAGCUAAGAAGAAAAAGAUGGAAGAGUCAGAAAGUGAAGAAGAGGAGUCUGAGGAUGAAGAUGAGGAGAUGGAGAGUGAAGAGGAGGAGGAGGAAGAGGAAGAAGAUGAAGAGGAGGAAGUCAGCAGUCCAGAAAAAAAGAAAAGCUCCAAAAAAGACUCUGCUAAGGGUGGAAAGAAAGUUGCCAAGAAGGCUUCAAAGGCUGUUAAAAAGGGCAAGAAAUAGACUGCGGUUCCAGAGAAUGACCUUUGUAUUAGAUUUGAUAUCUAUAGCUUUAUAAUAAAUGUGUUCAACUUAAA